AUGGCAAGGCGAGUAUACUCGCUCCCGCUCAACGAACGGGAGUGGGAAGAAAGAGCGUCAUCGUAUCACCUCUUGGUUCGAGAUCGAAACGUCGAAGACCUAGUCGGAAAGUAUAAGAAGGCAAAAAGUAUAAAACCGUUAUCGCAUGGGGGCUCCAGACACAAUGGUAUCAAGCUUGACCUCGACCUCGUUUUCUUGAAACCGAAGUGCAAGUGGGAUUUAUCAUGGGGGGAACGACGGAAGCAGGGCCUAUGGGUAUGUGGCGUUGCCUUUCGUUCAACUCUCGGUAGACUCGAUCCCUAUUACCCAAGAAAGCGGGUUUAUUGGCACCUAUUUUCCCUCUUCCUUUUGCUCUUCAUCUUUUGGGAAGUCUCGGUGAACCUGACGGGGCGUCUUCUGGAAAAUCGGGGCGUGAUCCGGGUCGUUCGGUCCGCUCCUGAUCUCAUCAAGGACGUCGCGUCUGGUCUCCUCAAGAAGCGCGCGCUACGCCACGAACAAACGAAACACACCUACCCUCGGCGGUACGGUUCGGUGACGUCUUACACGACGAUAACGAUGACGAUGGCUUUGGCUCGUGCCAAUGAAGGGGAUGUUGAGUGUUCUGGCUAG